CCGCCGCCGGCCCCGCGCAGCGCCCUGCGCCCUGCGCCGCGCUCCCCGCGCAGCGCCGCCGCCCCGGACCCCCAGCAGAUUAAACUUGGAUUGUUUGAAAAGCGGAGAGAUUUUUCACCAUAGUUCAAAAAAGAUACAGAAGAGGAGAGCAGAAUGAGAGCUUCCCAAGUACCACAUGCCUGCAGCUUGUUAUCUUUAGCAAUGCUGUUCCUUCCAGUCACUGGAACGUCAAAACAAAAUAUCCCAAGACUUAAGCUUUCCUAUAAAGACUUGCUGCUUUCAAACAGCUGCAUCCCAUUCCUGGGCUCAACAGAGGGGCUUGAUUUUCGAACCCUGCUGCUAGAUGAGGAGAGAGGCCGGCUGCUAAUCGGGGCUAAAGACCACGUCUUCCUGCUCAACUUGGUUGAUUUAAACAAAAAUGUAAAAAAGAUUUACUGGCCUGCAGCAAAAGAAAAGGUGGAAUUGUGCAAACUAGCUGGGAAAGAUGCCCAUACGGAAUGUGCCAAUUUUAUCAGAGUUCUUCAGCCCUACAACCGAACCCAUGUUUAUGCCUGUGGCACGGGAGCAUUUCACCCUCUCUGUGGAUACAUUGAACUUGGAACUCACAAAGAGGAAACAAUAUUCAGGCUGGAUGCUCAAAACUUGGAAUCUGGCAGGUUGAAAUGCCCUUUCGAUCCUCAGCAGCCUUUUGCUUCAGUGAUGGCAGAUGAGUAUCUUUAUGCUGGAACAGCUUCUGAUUUCCUUGGCAAAGAUACCGCUCUAACACGUUCUCUGGGCCCUUCUCACGAUCACCAUUACAUCAGAACUGACAUUUCAGAACAUUACUGGCUUACUGGAGCAAAAUUCAUCGGAACUUUUCCCAUUCCGGACACCUAUAACCCAGAUGAUGACAAAAUCUACUUCUUUUUCCGAGAAAUAUCACAAGAUAGUGGGACAUCUGACAAGACAAUCCUUUCCCGAGUUGGGAGGGUUUGUAAGAAUGAUAUGGGAGGUCAGCGGAGCCUAAUAAACAAGUGGACUACUUUUCUAAAAGCUAGGCUUGUGUGCUCGAUACCUGGUCCGGAGGGAACCGACACACAUUUUGAUGAAUUACAAGAUAUAUUCUUACUUUCUACCAGAGAUGAGAGAAACCCUCUUGUAUAUGGAGUCUUCACUACAACAAGCUCUGUCUUCAAGGGCUCUGCGGUUUGUGUGUACAGCAUGGCAGACAUCAGAGCUGUUUUCAAUGGCCCUUAUGCUCACAAAGAGAGCGCGGAUCAUCGGUGGGUACAAUACGAAGGUCGUAUCCCAUAUCCCAGGCCUGGUACAUGUCCAAGCAAAACCUACGACCCACUUAUAAAGUCUACCAGAGAUUUUCCCGAUGAAGUCAUCAGCUUUAUAAAACGCCACCCACUGAUGUACAAAUCAGUUUACCCAGUGACAGGAGGACCAGUAUUCACUCGAAUCAAUGUGGACUAUCGGCUGACACAGAUUGUGGUGGAUCACGUCAUGGCAGAAGAUGGACAAUACGAUGUUAUAUUCCUAGGAACAGACGUAGGCACAGUACUGAAAGUUGUGAGUAUCACAAAGGAGAAGUGGACUAAGGAGGAGGUAGUCCUAGAAGAGCUGCAAAUAUUCAAGCACCCUUCGUUUAUCUCGACUAUGGAGAUUUCUCAAAAGCAGCAACAAUUGUACAUUGGUUCCAGGGAUGGAUUGGUUCAGCUCUCUCUGCACAGAUGUCACACGUAUGGGAAGGCUUGUGCAGACUGCUGCCUCGCCAGAGACCCAUACUGUGCCUGGGAUGGAAGCUCGUGUUCCAGAUAUGCACCCACUUCUAAAAGGCGAGCCAGGAGGCAAGAUGUCAAAUAUGGAGACCCCGUUGCACAGUGCUGGGAUGUGGAAGACAGCAUUAGUCAUGAAACUGCUGAUGAAAAGGUGAUUUUUGGCAUUGAAUUUAAUUCAACUUUUCUGGAAUGUAUUCCUAAAUCCCAGCAAGCCUCUAUUAGGUGGUAUAUUCAACGGUCUGGAGAAGAGCAUCGAGAAGAGCUGAAGGCUGAUGAAAGGAUCAUCAAAACAGAGCACGGGCUGCUGAUCCGCAGCUUGCAAAAGCGGGAUGCGGGAGCCUAUUACUGCAAAGCCCAGGAGCACACCUUCAUCCACACCAUCGUGAAACUGAAUUUAAACGUCAUUGAGAACGGGCAAAUGGAAAGCACUCAGAAAACUGAGGACGAGGAGGGCCGGGUGAGGGAUUUGCUCACCGAGUCGCGGCUGAGGUACAAGGAUUACAUCCAGCUGGUCAGCAGCCCCAGCUUCAGCCUGGACGAGUACUGUGAACAGAUGUGGCACCGCGAGAAGCGGCGGCAGCGGAACAAAGGUGGGGCCAAGUGGAAGCACGUGCAGGAGAUGAAGAAAAAGCGAAACCGAAGGCACCACGAGCCUGCCCGGCCACCAUCUACGUAGUCUGGAAAUUCUAUUUAAAGAAAGGACAUUUUCCAUGAAAAGAAAAAAAAUACUGUGUUAUGGUUUUGUGCAUCUUGCCUAUGAAUUCAUAUUGCUUCUUAUUGAAAUCAGAUAACUCAGCAUCGCUGUUAAUCUGUUCAAGAUUGUAUCGUGGGAUACGGUACCAAAUGAGAUGUUUCUUACUGGAGUACCACACACCAGGCAAUAAUGUUCAGAUGCAUUCAUUAGGAACAAAAGAUGUACACUUUAGCUAAUUUCUGGAUAGCCUGAGGCUACAUGAGUUGUGUUCUGUACUUCUUGCAUAAUUUUCACAUAGGAUUUAGUGUCCGUGUCCCCAUGUUAAUACUUGCUGCCAUGUUCCACCCCAGAGGUAGCUAGAUUUCAGAGGAGGGCAGAGGUAUUUUAGUUCUUUGGCAUCUUUCUGAAAAAGAAGCACUGUAGAAAAGUGUGAGAGAUCUGCAAAAUGCCCCCCUCCCCCUCGCCCUUACCCAUGGGGCUUGUAUAAAGGCACAUGGGUGGGAUUUGCUAGCAUAGAGAGGCUCAGCAAAAAAAUCAAAUUAAGUAUUGGCUUAGGGACAACAUUCAUUUUCCCCACAAAAAGAAGAAAGCUAAUCAUAGUUUAAAAGAGGGAAAUUAUAAAACGUUAUCCAUUAGAGUUUGAGAAGCCAUCAGUUUGCAGUCCAUCUGCUGAAAUGAAAUGUUGACUCUAAUUGAAACUGCCACCAAGAUGCUUGGGAGUAAAUUUCCUAAGUGAUGCGUGGGAGGUAUGUGCACAAAUCCUAUUAAUGAAUAAUGGGAUUCCUGCCUGCACCUCUCCUAUCUUUCUAAAGGUUUUAAUCUGACUGUUUCUCUGGCCCUUUGCUAGCAUCAAUUUAUGCAGAGGGAAAGAAAAAUAAAAGACAACAACAAAGCUAAAACAAAAGACGAUGAGGGAAACAUAUUUAGUGGCUGAGACCAGUGCUCUUGACACAGAGCAGACAUUCCUCAGAUGUGUGUAUUCUUUGGGAUUUUUCUCCCAAAGAUUUUAUGUAUUUUUAAGUUGAAAAAAAUGCAUUGUUGGAAUUAAUACUUUUUAUGAUAAUUAAAUAAAACAAAAGAUGUCCACGUGUAAAUAAAAUAUGUAAGUUAGAAAUUUGCUAUAGACCAUAAUCUCAUUUGUAAAGUGUUCCUUGUUCCUAGUUUCAUAUUUCGGUUUUAAAAGUCUAAUCUUUCUGUGUAAGCAGAAACACUGGGCCACAUUCUUACCUGUUUUACACUGCUAUGAUUUAACUGAAUUUAUACCUGAUUUGCAGCAACAAACACAAGCUCAAAAUUA